GGGUCGGGGUUGUGGACCAGAGGAUGGGGUAUAUUCCCGUGGGUUUAUGGAUGGGUGGAUGUGGAUGAGGUUGGAUUGUUGAGGAAGAGGAGAGGAAGAAGAGGAAGAGAAGAUGGAUGAGAUAUCGGAGGUUAGAGCGGGCUUGGCGCGACCGGGUUGGUUCUGGUUCCAGUUCAGCCUAAUCGCCUCUAAUCUACUUAUCUCUUUAGUUGACUGCUUAUUUGUUAUCUACCCAUUACCAAUCCGCCAUUAUAAUAGUACUAUACUAGUACUGCACUAUGCAUGCAACUCUAUUAUAUACGCCCUCAAUGCCGCAGGCUGCUCAUAAUUAAUCCCAAAAAAUCCAAACAUUGCAACGUAGAUGGUAUCUCCCGGUA